UCUGGAAGGAACAAGAUGGCGUUCGCGAAGGCCUUGUGUCUGCUCCUCAUUCCUUGCCUCACGCUGACUCGGAGCGUGCAUGGAGAGACAACCCCGGAUUACAACAUAUAUAACAGGGUACUUGGAGAGACGACCCCGGAUUACAACAUAUAUGACGAUGAGCGGCAGGACAGCACCGAGCCGCAUUUUGUACUCAACCGCAAUAUGAAAGAGCGUAGUAUACCCAAAGAAGGCUUUACUAUUCUGCCGAAGCCCUUCGAGGAGACCAAUCCCGACCGAGUCGAGGCCGGCCAGCUGUUCGACAAGGACAUGCUGCUGACGGAGGCGCAGUGGAGGGACCUCGCCUUGAGGAAGGGCCUGGCCUCUCAGAACUACCGCUGGCCAGAGAGCGGAGACGGCUUCCCGCACGUGCCUUACCGCUUCGCCGACGCUAACGUGGACCAGGUCGCGGUCAAAGCCGGCAUCGCGCACUGGGAGCAGCACACCUGCCUCAAAUUAUCAACGAAAGGGAACAGGACUGCCACCGAAUUGACUGAAUAA